AAAAAACUAUGUUGAGAGGGUUAACGUAAGGUAAUUAUACAUCGAAAUUGAGGUGUAUUACAUUGACAAUCAUAGCACGUGUCAACACGUGAGAAGACCAUAAUAAUAAUAAUAAUAUGAUUAAUUGCCUCAAACCAACACUAUAAAUAUAGAACAAUCCUUAUUACUAGCUCCACCACCCACAAAACCAGAACCGAAAAACAGAAACUCAAAACGUGUUUCUGAAUUCGGAUCACUGUUUUUGUUUCUGGUCCAUCAUCAUCAUCAUCAUCAGAAUCAAUCAUCAUCGUUUUUCUUUUCUCCGCCGUUUGAUCUAAAAACACCACCACCAUCAAAAUGGAUGUCAGAAGCAGGCGAUCAACCAAGUCUGGGCCGGCCGAGCCCAUUAAGGCCUUAAAAAAGGCCCAUCAUAAUGAAGAAAGCCCAAAAGCUUCAGAUGCUCUUCCUCUUCCUCUGUACGUAACCAACGUCGUUUUCUUCACUCUGUUUUUCUCGGUCGUUUAUUUCCUCCUUACACGGUGGCGCGAGAAGAUCCGUACCUCAACUCCUCUCCAUGUCCUCACUUUUUCCGAAAUCUCCGCCGUCUUUGCUUUAAUCGCUUCCUUCAUUUAUCUUUUGGGCUUUUUCGGAAUCGAUUUCGUUCAGUCCUUGAUUCUCCGACCAACCACCGACGUAUGGGCCGCCGACGAUGAAGAAGAAGAACAAGAAUCAAUCUUAAUCAAAGACGACACUCGAAAAGUCCCUUGUGGAGCUGCACUCGAAUGCCCACUUCCCCAAAUUGCACCACCAGUCGUUGUUUCCUCCAAAUCGGCUUUACCAAAGGUAAUCGACACAGUUCCGGCGACGACCGAAGAAGACGAAGAGAUCAUUAAAUCCGUCUUGGAUGGGAAAACGCCGUCGUAUUCUCUUGAAACUAAGUUGGGUGAUUGUCAUAGAGCGGCUUCGAUUCGUCGUGAAGCGUUACAGAGAUUGACUGGAAAAUCUCUCUCCGGUCUGCCAUUGAAUGGGUUCGAUUACGAUUCGAUUUUGGGUCAGUGCUGUGAGAUGCCAGUUGGGUAUGUUCAGAUUCCGGUGGGGAUAGCCGGACCUCUGUUGCUUGACGGAAGAGAGUAUUGUGUUCCGAUGGCGACCACUGAGGGUUGUUUGGUAGCCAGCACCAAUCGGGGCUGUAAAGCCAUUCAUCUUUCCGGUGGAUCUUUCAGUGUGUUGUUGAAAGACGGCAUAACCAGAGCUCCCGUGGUGAGAUUCAACACCGCCAGAAGAGCCGCUGAUUUGAAGUUUUUCUUAGAAGAACCCAAUAAUUUCGAAACUCUCACCAUGGUUUUCAACAGAUCGAGCAGGUUUGCAAGAUUACAGACAAUAAAAUGCACAAUUGCAGGAAAGAAUCUGUACAUGAGAUUCUGCUGCACCACAGGAGACGCAAUGGGAAUGAACAUGAUAUCAAAAGGAGUACAAAACGUUCUUGAUUUUCUCCAAAAUGAUUUCCCAGACAUGGACGUAAUUGGAAUCUCAGGAAACUUCUGUUCGGACAAGAAACCCGCGGCCGUAAACUGGAUCGAAGGGCGAGGCAAAUCGGUUGUGUGCGAAGCCACAAUCAAAGGUGAGGUGGUGAGAAAAGUGUUGAAGACUAAUGUGGAAGCUCUCGUUGAACUUAACAUGCUCAAGAAUCUGACUGGUUCAGCUAUGGCUGGUGCUCUUGGUGGGUUCAAUGCCCAUGCUAGUAACAUAGUCUCUGCUGUGUUCAUAGCCACUGGUCAAGAUCCUGCUCAGAACGUGGAAAGCUCACAUUGUAUAACUAUGAUGGAGCCAGUCAAUGAUGGCAAAGAUCUUCAUGUUUCUGUCACUAUGCCAUCUAUUGAGGUUGGUACAGUAGGAGGUGGAACUCAAUUGGCAUCACAAUCAGCAUGUUUGAACUUGCUUGGAGUAAAGGGAGCAAACAGAGAAGUAGCAGGGUCAAAUGCAAGAAUGUUGGCCACCAUUGUUGCAGGAGCUGUUCUUGCUGGUGAACUCUCUCUAAUGUCAGCUCUUGCAGCUGGUCAACUCGUUAAUAGUCACAUGAAAUACAACAGAUCAAACAAAAACCUUACUACUCCUACUCCUUAAUCCCCAAUUAUAUUUAUAACAACAAACACUCUUAAUUACCCAAAAAAAAUAUAUAUAUGUAUGGGGAAUUAUAUUAAGCCAAAGAACAUAAAUAAUAAUACCAUAUAUAUAGUAUUUAUUAUUACCUAGCUAGUUCUAGGUGAAUUACUACUACUACUACUACUCUUGUAUUCUUUUCUUUUUUUUUUUAUUUAUUUUAAUUUUCGUGUAAACUUUUAAUGAUGUACCUGUAAGAAUUAAAUUGUGUAAAAAAAAAUAUGCAUGGUUGGGAAAAACUUUUCGUUAUAAAA